UCACCUGGCCUUGUGCCGAGUGAACCGUUUUAAUGUGAUGUAUCGUUAAACAUCUUUUUAUUUUUCUAUUCUAUCGAUUUUGACAUUUCCUAACACUGUAACGUUAGUUCUUUAAGAAAAUUGGUCUUUUAAAAACUUUCUUUUCCAUUGGCGUCUCGUUCUACUGUGUGUUCCGCGUUUUAGCAACACCCACCAUUUGGUGUACGAGUUGACUAAAACAUGGCAGACGAUCUACGAAGCAGGAUGAUGACUGAUGAGGCGAAGACAAACAGUGUGAUGAAGACCAUGAUCCUCUUCAGUUUGUCCAUGAUCUUCUUCCCCGUUUUCUUGUACUUCUUCUCCAAAAGUGUGUUCUUUGAAGCAAUGAUGGGGAUCACAAGUCAAGACAGCUCUUUCUAUGCAGCAUUUGUUUCCAUAGGAACAGUGCAUAUUAUUCUUGGACUAUUUCUGUACACUGCAUUUACAGAGGAUACUUCUAGGUCUUCAGACUUGAAGACAGAGUAGUUAAUUACUGACUAAUCCAGACUGAACAUGUGUACAAAGUUUUGUUCAUGUAUAUAGAAGGUAGAUUUAUAUAGGCUAAAUAUAUCUGUAUAUGGACGGAAAAAGUAGUGAAUGAUUGAUGAUAUGUGCAAUAUGAAUGGUUAGUUAUGAUCAAUUUAAACAUGUAUACUGUACUUUUAUUUUCAUAAUUGGUUGACUUUUUUGUAAAGUACAACUAUCUUGAUAGAUUUUACUUUGUUUAUCAUUUGCUGAAAAAUGAUACCAAAUCAGAAUUUCAUUGGGUACCAGGUAAUUUAUAUUACAUCAUCACAAGUAUUACACUAUUUUUUAGCAGAAAUAUAUUCUUUGAUGUUUUGAAUAUUAAUAUAAAUUUCCAACACCACAACUUUGUUACAUAUAUAUAUGCUAUAGUUUUCAUUUACGGCCAUUAGGACCAGGGUGGUGUUAUGCCUCCUUUAUGUUAGUUUGUUUAGUCACACAUUCGAAUUUCUUCAUUUCUGGAUGACAUCACACUGCAUGGCGCUGUUUCUGUCUUAAACUAGAUGUGUUUUAGGUACAGCGUUUUAGCUUGUCGGGUCUGAUAUCUGUCUCAGUAGCAAUUCAAGAAGAAGAAAACGGAAGAUCCCCUUUAACAGUUCAUUAUUGAUUAACAAAUUUAAUGAAGAUGCUGCCAUAAACAUAAGAAUAAUCCUAAGUUAAUGAUCAUAGUUGUGUGUUUUAGGCCUGAGUAUCGCAAGAUAACUCACAAUACGAUAUGUAUCGCGAUAUUUGUAUGCAAUACGAUUAUAUCACGAUACAAUUGCUGUUUAGAAAAUAAUUAUUUCCUUCCUUUAUUAAAAGAGAUCUUAAAGAUAAUUGAUGGCCAACAGAGUUAUUUUAAACCAAUUGUAUUAUGUUUGUGAUGCCUCCGCAAGUGAUUGGUCAUGUUUGUUGUGUUGCCGCUGUAUGGCAUGGUAGCAAGACGUAAUUGGCACACAGCAUUCUUUCUGUCCGAUUUCAGGAACCCAAACGAUUUCCAGACAGCGAACUUGAAUGCAGCAGGUGCAUUUCGUAUAUCAGUGUCCACAGACUCCAUUCAGUCUGACAACCAUGUUGUCCGUUGCCAUGUUUGCAAAAGGAAUUAGAUAUGUCGUAGCCAAAAUUAGUUUGACACGUGAAUAGAAAGAAAACCACUAACAGUAUCACGAUUCUGGCAUGACGAUAUCAUACGCGUAUUGUGGGAUCUCGCGAUCAAUACAAUCGAUAUAUCGGCGUAUCGUUACACCUCUAGUAUGUUGUCACUAGAGUCAAACAUACAAGAAUGAAGUGCUGGGGAUGAAUAAGUUUGAUUUGUUAUGCACAUAAUGCACUAUAUCUAGUAAUAAGUUUAUAUGUUUAAAAAACAACAGGGAAUGAAAAUCCCAUCGCUGUAAGCAUGAAUUCACUAUAAGCGUUUGUUUCACUACAAGCAUGAAUUCACUAUAAGCGUGUUCACUGUAACCAUGUUUUACUGUAAGCAUGAAUUCACUAUAAGCAUGUUCACUGUAACCAUGUUUUACUGUAAGCAUGAAUUCACUAUAAGCGUGUUCACUGUAAACAUGUUUUACUGUAAGCAUGAAUUCACUAUAAGCGUGUUCACUGUAACCAUGUUUUACUGUAAGCAUGAAUUUACUAUAAGCGUGUUCACUGUAACCAUGUUUUACUGUAAGCAUGAAUUCACUAUAAGCGUGUUCACUGUAACCAUGUUUUACUGUAAGCAUGAAUUCAAUUAUAAGCACGUUUACUGUGACCAUGUUUUACUGUAAGUGUGAGUUUUCACUGUGUCCGUAUUUUACUGUAGUUUUACGUACUGUCUAUGCUACAGUAUUUUAGGGUUAAUAGUCGUAUAAUAUUUGGAUUGACAUGGGAACAGAAACAAAGUGAUUGUAUAGAGUUCUGAGAUAAUCUCCAGUUUCUGUUACUUUAUUCCUUUAUGUUUUGUACUCCUUGUCAGUGUCUUCACACCCACCCACCCCAAGUUUCAAACAUUUUUGUGUAUUUUGAAGUGAUUCCUUGGUGGGUUUUUCAUGAACAGAUUGGGAUGAGUGUGACUAGUCCUUUGAUUGCUUAUAACCUAAUUUUUUACAUAUACAAGAUUGUAAAUUGUAAGGUUUAAUGCAAUAGGACAAAUCAAGAUCAAAUCAUUUUGUCCUGAUCAAAUUUUCCACAAUUAGAUUUGGUCAAGGCAGGGGAAUAGUUCUACACAAAAUUCAUUUCAAUUUAGACACAAGUAUACUUUGAUGUUAUAUACUUCAGAAAUUUUAAUGUACUGGUAACAAUAUAUUAUCUUAAUAUUUGAAAUGGGCAAAAUACAGAAAAUCUUGUCUGAGCUUUAUCAAAGCAUUAGAUCAUAGUGUUCCUUGAUAAGUAUCAAGUGAUCAGUGGCAUGAUGAUAUUCCAUAUUAAUGAUGUCUAUAUUGUUGCUGAGACUAUGUAGCUUGUAAAUGCUGUACUAUUAUACAGUUUAGUAGACAAAAUCUUGUGACUUACUUCAUUACUUCAGAACCAGAUUCUAGAUAUUUGCAAAUCUACGAUGUUGUAAUCAAACAUUGAUGAUAUGAUAGUAUAUUACACACUGACUUGCUCACAUUUCUUUGUUUUCUAUUAGAAUGUGAUUCAUUUGGAGAAAAUAUUUUCACAAUAAACAAUGCCCGUAUCCA